AUGACUUCCUAUGAAAACAAAGGACCUAAACUCGAUCUUGCAAAUUAUGAAGGAUUUGAUCAUGUAAAAUUCUGGGUCGGCAAUGCCAAGCAAGCUGCAUCAUUUUAUUGUACUAGGCUUGGUUUUAAGCAUAUCGGAUAUCAAGGAUUGGAAACAGGAGUAAGAAAUGUCGUUUCUCAUGCCGUUACACAAGGAAAAAUAACCUUUGUAUUUCAAUCCGCACUAAAUCCGAAUAAUAAAAUAAUGAGCGAACAUCAAAGUCUUCACGGAGACGGUGUAAAGGAUGUGGCAUUUACAGUAGAUGAUGCUAGAAGCCUUUGGAAAAGUUGCGUGCAACGUGGUGGUAAAUCAAUUAAAGAACCGUGGGAAGAACGUGAUGAAGAUGGUGUAGUUAUAAUGGCUACUGUUGGAACUUAUGGUGAUACCGUACAUACUUUUGUUGAAAGAAAGAAUUACCAUGGUGACUUCUUACCAAAUUUUCAUCGCCUAAAUUUCAAGGAUCCUUUAGAAGACAAUUUACCACCUGCAAAUUUAAGUUAUCUAGAUCACGUUGUUGGUAAUCAACCUGAUCUUGAAAUGGAUAAAAUUUGUGAAAUGUAUGAAAAGGUUUUCAAUUUUCACCGAUUUUGGUCAGUUGACGAUAAACAAAUCCAUACAGAGUAUUCUUCUUUACGUUCCGUCGUCAUGGCUGACUACCAUGAGAAAAUUAAAAUGCCGGUAAAUGAACCAGCAAUUGGGAGAAGGAAAUCUCAAAUUCAAGAAUUUAUUGAUUAUUAUGGAAGUGCAGGGGUUCAACAUAUCGCAUUGAGAACUGAAGAUGUAACAAAUCUUCGUGCUCGUGGAUUGGAAUUCUUAACCAUUCCCGCUACGUAUUAUGAUAAUCUUCGUCAAAUUUCUUGUACAAAGAUUCUAGAGGACAUUGCAACUUUACAAAAAUUAAAUAUUUUAGUUGAUUACGACGAAGAAGGUUAUUUAUUACAGAUAUUCACUAAACCGCUCCAAGAUCGUCCUACCUUGUUCAUUGAAAUAAUUCAACGUCGUAAUCAUCAAGGUUUUGGCGCUGGUAACUUUAAGGCGUUAUUUGAAGCUAUUGAACGUGAUCAAGACAAUCGUGGAAAUUUAUAA